CGGCCCCGGCGCGAUGGCGGCCUCGGUCUUCUGCUGCCUGCGCUGCUGCGGCGACGCCGGGACCGGCCACAUCCCGCUGAAGGAGAUGCCGGCCGUGCAGCUGGACACGCAGCACAUGGGAACAGAUGUUGUCAUUGUCAAAAAUGGAAGAAGGAUAUGUGGGACAGGAGGUUGUUUAGCCAAUGCACCUUUGCAUCAGAACAAAAGCUACUUCGAAUUCAAAAUCCAAUCCACAGGGAUCUGGGGCAUUGGAGUUGCAACUCAGAAAGUUAAUUUGAAUCAGAUUCCACUUGGCCGAGAUGUUCAUAGCCUUGUGAUGAGGAAUGACGGAGCCCUCUACCACAACAAUGAGGAAAAGAAUAGGUUGCCUGCAAACAAUCUUCCACAGGAGGGAGAUGUAGUGGGUAUUACGUAUGACCAUGUAGAAUUGAAUGUUUAUUUGAAUGGAAAGAAUAUGCACUGUCCAGCAUCAGGUAUACGAGGGACAGUGUAUCCUGUUGUAUACGUUGAUGACAGUGCGAUUUUGGAUUGUCAGUUCAGUGACUUUUAUCAUAUUCCUCCAACUGGUUUUGAAAAAAUAUUAUUUGAACAGCAAAUCUUCUGAAUAUACUUGCAUUGAAAACUUCUACCCCUGCGAUAUCCCCAAAAAUACAUUUACUACCACCUUAAUAAAGCCUCACUUGAUCCAUAGGAAGUACAUUCUCUGUUUUUAAUAAAUGUUUGUGAAGUUAUCUAAGGAAUCAGUAGGCUAAACACAACAGCAGAAUUGUGAUUUAAAAUACUAGGUUGUGUUUUGUGAUGUGAAAAUCUGUAUUUUGGAUAUUUUGAUUCCUAUAUGUAUAAAUGGAAAUUCACAGACAGUAUUAAAUGAAAAUUUGGAUACUCGUGACAUUUAGAAAGGAAAUUUAUUUCUUACAUGAGACACUUUGCUUAAGUUAUAGGGAUAAAGUCAGUUUUGAUUUUACUCGUUCUAAAGUUUGUACCUUGUUAAAAAAGAAGCACUAUCUUGUCUGCAGCCCUCUUAUCUUCUUUUAUAGUAUCCUUUUUGUGUACAGAAUGAAGAGUGACAAAUGUGUAAAAUUAACUGCUAGUUUUUUUCCAGCAUGUCUAUUCAGUAUAAAAGUUGCUGUUUUUCAUAAAUGUUAGAUUUAUGUUUAAUUUGUAUGUUUCACUGCUUUGUAUUUGCUUUAUGUAAGAAAUAAUAGAAUUAUAUAUUUUUAAUGAUUGUCAAACAUUAUGUUGAAUGUGAAAAAGCAAAACUGAACACAAGAAAUAUUUAUGAAGACCACCAUGCUAUAUUAUUUUACUCUCAGAGUGAUUAUGGAUUGAUCAGUGAUGUAGUGUACACUGGCAGAACACGGUGGAAAAUUAUGAUGAAGCUUUACACUUGAACUGUAAAUCAUAGUAUCCUUUUUCUGGAAUAUUUUAUUUAAAUGUCUUGUUUUUCUGCAAUGAACAAUAAAAUGAAUAAUGGUUAAGGUGAAAUUCAGUAUCACAACUCACUACCAAAAACACAUUCUUUUUAAUUUGUGAGAUAUAUAUAUGAUGAGUCCAGUUUUCCUUUGUAUACUAGGAGACAUUUAUCUCAGAGUUUGGUAUAGUUUGAAAGAGCACUGAAUAAACUCAAAGGACCCACAUUCGAA